UGUUAAGCUGGAUUUCCACUGCCGUGAGUCGUGCGCGACCUACGACGGAAAGUGUCCGACGAUGGCAUUUCAACCAAAGCAGACAAAAUCCGCUCGACGCGGCGGAGAGUGAGCUGAGUUGAGCGGAUUUUUGCCUCCCAUUUCCACCAACCGACUCAUCUCAGCGGAUACGAUCCGCGCGGACGAAAAAACUGUGAGUCGAUGAGUUGAACUUGGUUCAACUUUUUUUCGUCCGCUCGCCAAAAUCUAUGACAAAUUCUCAUUUCCUUGAGCGGAAUAUAUAAAAUCACAUAAAUUCACUUCUUAUUAUUCACAUUCCGCUAACAUCAAUUAUUUCAUAAAAUUAGAAUAUUCGAAAUAAAUAUAAAAUGUCGAGUGACAGUGAGGAGGAUGGAGGAAGUUUGAACAUCAACGAGGAUGGGGAUCAAUGUCAUGUAAUGGGUGAGGAAAUACCGGGCGCCCAGGAAGAGAAUAUUUGGAGGAAUGAAGAUAUAGAAUUACUUAUAGAUACAGUGAGAUCAAAUCCAAUUUUGUUCGAUGUCAAAUCAAAGGAUAAUAAGAACAGUGGUAAAAAGGAACUUGUGUGGUUAAAUGUUUCCAGUACGGUAGGGAAGGAUGUUCCUGAAUGCAAGAAGAAGUGGAAAUAUCUACGGGAUAAUUUCAAUAAAGUCGUUAAAAAGAAGAAAGGCAAGUCUGGCAAGUCUGGCAAAAAAGAAAAACAAUGGGAAUACUUCGAAAUGUUGAACUUUUUAAAGCCGUUCGUAAUUGCCAAUACUGAAUCUUCUGGUAAUUUGGAUAAAACUCCGGCGCCGGAUGAAACCACCAAUCGAAGUGGUCGAGAUCAUUCCCGUGGGCCGGAUUUAGAUGAGGACGACCCCAUCAAGCCCGAGACCAUAUCCAAAAAAAUGAAGAUGUCAGAGAAAGUUGAUGCAGCAUUAUUGGGAUACCUAGAAAAGCAAAAUAUAAAAGACUCGAACCACCAUUUCUGUAUGGCUCUGGCGGAUGAUUUGCGAAAAAUGACAGCAGCUCAGUCAUCAUAUGCAAAAACCAAAAUUCAGCAAAUUAUGUAUGAAAUUGAAUUUCCGCAGAAUACAACGCCGGCGCCGGGAGGACGUGAUGUCAAUGAGUAAAUUGAUGAUUGAAAAUUUUUAUUUAUUGUUACUUGAGAUCUUUAACGCACAAUUAUAAUAAUAUGGAUUUAAUAAUAAAUUUCAUUGCAUUUAAUCCAAGCCAACAAUUCUUCGCCGCCAUUCUACUGCCCCUUCAUUUACAAAGUAUUCUGCAAAGCUCUCCCUCAUCUCUCGUGCUGCAGCACUGUGCAUAUUUGAACUCAUUCUAGUGAGGUUUCUCAGCGCUAAAGAGUCUUCUUCUUGUCUCCAUGCGCCGUUAUCUUCGUCACCAGUGUCCACGAAUCCUGCAGGGCAAUAUAUAUCUGCCCCCGGCGCCGAGAGAUCUUGAGUACGCAGGAAAUUGUGUAGUGCGAUGCAGGCUGCAGAAUGAACAUGAGAUAAGUACUAUACAUAAUUAAUAGUUUGUGCACAUUUGGUUAAUUUAUACCUUUCACAAUACUUUCAACAUCGGCAGGGCAACAAUCGGUCGUCGAAAUAUCCUGAAGCGCUUCGACAUUACACCGAACGAAUUCUCAAUAAUUCGACGAGCCCUAGAAAGCCGGUAGUUAAAUAUUCUUCUCACUUCAGUUAGUCAUCGCCCUGGAUAUGGCCUCAUCAUGUAACAUUUUAAUGGAAAAGCUUCAUCUCCAACAUGGUAGUUGUUUUGUUGAUUCAGGUAGCAAUUUAGGUCCAGGAAUUCCAAGAUGUCCUAGUAUUACAAUAUAAAUUCCUAUUUACAUAAUGCAGGAAUUUGUUAUGCCAGCUCUGCGAUAUUAAAUUAGCGUAAAAUUACCUGAUUCUAAUCUGGUUCCUAAAGCAGAAAUUGAAAAAAUUCCUGCAUCGCUUUGUCUCCCGUAGGCGCCUACGUCAACCGUUGUGAAUCGGUAGUCAGCAUCACAAGUUGCCAUCAACACGAUACUAAAUCUUCCUUUGUAAUUAUAAUAUUGUGACCCAGAUUUGUAUGGAGCUUCUAUAUCUAUAUGUUUUCCGUCCACUGCGCCGAUACAAUUAGGAAAAUUCCAACGCUCCCUGAAUCCUUUUUCGAUUAAGUUGUAGUCUUCAUUUGUUGGGGCCUAAAAAAUAUUCCAGCUUAAAAAUAAUUAGCAGGACAUGAGGCUAAUUAUUAUUACAUAAGUUAUCUUUACCUUCACAAAUAUUGGACUUAAUCUGUUCCACAAGAUCUGAGUCGUCUCUCGAACGAUUCGCCAAACAGUUGUAUGCCCCAUGCUAUAACUUGUAGAUAUACUUGCUAAGCUAUCUCCGGUCGCUAAAUAUCUGCCAGUUAUGAAUUAUAUGUAUGAGUUAUUUCAUUAAUAAAUAUAUAAAUAUUUCUUUCUCGGCGCCGAGUCUUCGUCGUACCUAAGGGUGACAAAUAGCCGGAAAUCUGGGGGAAUUGAUGUCCUAUAAUUUGUGUCCUGUUUUUGGAGGUCUUCUUUAACAAUGCUCAAUGUUCCCCCCACACACCUCGAAGUAAAUUAAGAGGAUGCACCCAGUAGCGAUGCACUCUUUUUUUCCGGCGCCGGAUUAAAGCCAAAAUAAUAACUGGAUCCAUCGUUAAUUAAAUU